UCCAAGACGCUUCGCACCGUAUGACUAGUAAGUCAAACCUCAAAUCACAGUCUGUGUUCUACCCACUUAAUUGAUAGAAAUGUGAGUGUAAUACAGUCUAUAGAAACUGUGUCUAUUCCCCGAAUAGUGAGGUUCAACAAUAAAAAUAAAGGAUCUAGAAAAAAUCUGAUCGUGAUCAAACCAGAAAUUCGCAAAAUUACUGAACAAAAACAAUUUCUAAAGCUAGGGCUACUAAACAUUAGAUCGCUGACACCUAAGGCGGUUAUUAUAAAUGAAAUGAUCACAGAUAAUAGUCUUGAUGUAAUUUGCCUUACUGAAACAUGGCUUAAACCAAAUGAUUAUUUCGGUCUUAAUGAGUCUUGUCCACCUGGCUACUGUUAUAAAAAUAAAUGCCGUCCGGUUGGCCGUGGCGGUGGUGUUGCAACAAUCUAUAGAGAGAUUCUUAACGUUACCCAGAAAACAAAGUACAGGUUUAAUUCAUUUGAAAUUCUCGUGCUAAACGUUACACUCUCAGAUAUAAGUAAAAAGUCGCUACUAUCUCUUGCUUUGGCUACUGUUUAUAGACCUCCAGGGCCUUAUGUUGAUUUCCUAAAAGAGUUUGCAGACUUUCUCUCAGACCUAUUGGUCAACGUUGAUAAAGCGCUGAUUGUUGGAGAUUUUAAUAUUCAUGUAGAUAAUACAAAUGAUGCGUUAGGGGCUGCGUUUACAGAUUUACUAAACUCGUUUGGGGUCAAACAAAACGUCACUGGACCCACUCACCGUCUUAAUCAUACACUAGAUUUAAUUAUAUCACAUGGAAUCAAUCCUACUGAUAUAGAAAUUCUACCGCAAUGUGAUGAUAUCACUGAUCAUUACCUUGUAACAUGCGUACUGCAUACUGCUGAUAUUUGUCAAAUUGCGCCACGAUAUCGACUAGAUAGAACAAUUCUUCCGACAACUAAAGAUAAAUUCACAAAUAAACUGCCUGAUCUGUCUCACCUGCUCAUUGUACCCAAACACACAAAUGAUCUUGAGAAAAUUACUAGCAGUAUGUGCACCACUUUCACUAGUACAUUAGAUACUGUUGCACCGAUGAGAUUAAAAAAGGUUAGAGAGAAAAAUACUGUACCAUGGUACAACAAUAUUACUCACGCUAUCAAAAGAGAAACUCGUAAUCUAGAACGCAAAUGGAGACAAACUCGUUUAGAGGUGUUCAGAAUCGCGUGGAAAGACAGCUCGUCCCGUUAUAGAAAGACUCUAAAAGCAGCCAGGGCCGAGCAUCUCCACAAACUCAUAGAAAAUAACCAAAACAAUCCAAGGUUCUUAUUUAGUACAGUGGCUAGAUUAACAAAUAAACAGACAUCACCAGAACAAAACAUUUCAUUACAGUUUAGUAGCGAUGACUUUAUGAAUUUCUUUACUGAAAAAUCGAAAGCAUCAGAAAUACAGUUGUAAAUGUACAACCCUUGACAGAGUUUUAUGAUUCAGCCUCAAUUAUCGUCCCUCAAGAACAGUUGCAGUGCUUUACAACUAUAGGACAGGAAGAGCUAAAUAAACUUAUCACAGCGUCUAAACCAACAACAUGUUUAUUAGAUCCAAUACCCACUAAACUACUGAAAGAAUUGUUACCUGU